AUGUCGACCUACAAGCGGGCCACGCUGGACGAGGAGGACCUGGUGGACUCGCUCUCCGAGGGCGACGCGUACCCCAACGGCCUGCAGGUGAACUUCCGCAGCCCCCGGAGCGGCCAGAGGUGCUGGGCAGCACGGACCCAGGUGGAGAAGCGGCUGGUGGUGCUGGUGGUACUUCUGGUGGCAGGACUGGUGGCCUGCCUGGCAGCUCUGGGCAUCCAGAUCCAGACAAGAGCACCCCCCGUGUGCCUGAGCGAGGCCUGCGUCUCCGUGACCAGCUCCAUCUUGAACUCCAUGGACCCCACGGUGGACCCCUGCCAGGACUUCUUCAGCUACGCCUGUGGGGGCUGGAUCAAGGCCAACCCCGUGCCUGAUGGCCACUCGCGCUGGGGGACCUUCAGCAACCUCUGGGAACACAAUCAAGCCAUCAUCAAGUACCUGCUGGAAAAUUCCACAGCCAGCUCGAGUGAGGCAGAGAGGAAGGCCCAAGUAUACUACCGCGCAUGUAUGAAUGAAACCAGGAUCGAGGAGCUCAGGGCCAAGCCCCUGAUGGAGCUGAUUGAGAAGCUCGGAGGCUGGAAUAUCACAAGUCCCUGGGCCAAGGACAACUUCCAGGACACCCUGCAGGUGGUCACUGCCCACUACCGAACCUCACCCUUCUUCUCCGUCUAUGUCAGUGCAGACUCUAAGAACUCCAAUAGCAAUGUGAUCCAGGUGGACCAGUCUGGCCUGGGCCUGCCCUCCAGAGAUUACUACCUGAACAAGACUGAAAACGAGAAGGUGCUGACCGGAUACCUGAACUAUAUGGUCCAGCUGGGGAAGCUGCUGGGCGGGGGGGAUGAGGACACCAUCCGGCCCCAGAUGCAGCAGAUCCUGGACUUUGAGACGGCACUGGCCAAUAUCACCAUCCCCCAGGAGAAGCGUCGGGACGAGGAGCUCAUUUACCACAAAGUGACGGCCGCCGAGCUGCAGACCUUGGCACCGGCCAUCAACUGGAUGCCCUUCCUCAACGCCAUCUUCCACCCCGUGGAGAUCAACGCAUCGGAGCCCAUCGUGGUCUAUGACAAGGACUACCUGGAGCAGGUCUCUGCCCUCAUCAAUGCCACAGUCAGAUGCCUGCUGAACAACUACAUGAUCUGGAACCUGGUGCGGAAAACGAGCUCCUUCCUCGACCAGCGCUUUCAGGACGCCGACGAGAAAUUCAUGGAAAUCAUGUACGGGACCAAGAAGACCUGCCUUCCUCGCUGGAAGUUUUGCGUGAGUGACACGGAAAACAACCUGGGCUUUGCCCUGGGCCCCAUGUUUGUCAAAGCGACCUUCGCCGAGGACAGCAAGAACAUAGCCAGCGAGAUAAUCCUGGAGAUCAAGAAGGCCUUUGAGGAGAGCCUGAGCACGCUGAAGUGGAUGGACGAGGACACCCGCAAGUCAGCCAAGGAGAAGGUGAGGCCGCCCGGGAGCUCGGGCACCCAGGCUUCCUGCACCGGGCCAGAGCAGCAGAGAGAGCAGGUUCCCUCCGGGCGUGCUCCCAUCCUGUGUCUCUGCUUCUUUCUUCAGUACACGGCAGUUCCAGACCUCUACUUCGAGAACGCCAUGCGAUUUUUCAACUUCUCAUGGAGGGUCACCGCUGACCAGCUCAGGAAAGCCCCCAACAGAGACCAGUGGAGCAUGACCCCGCCCAUGGUGAACGCGUACUACUCGCCCACCAAGAACGAGAUCGUGUUUCCCGCUGGGAUCCUGCAGGCGCCCUUCUACACCCGCUCCUCGCCCAAGGCCUUAAACUUUGGUGGCAUUGGUGUCGUCGUGGGCCAUGAGCUGACUCACGCUUUUGAUGAUCAAGGGCGGGAGUAUGACAAGGACGGGAACCUCCGGCCCUGGUGGAAGAACUCCUCGGUGGAGGCCUUCAAGCAGCAGACGGAGUGCAUGGUGGAGCAGUACAGCAGCUACAGCGUGAACGGGGAGCCCGUGAACGGCCGCCACACCCUCGGGGAGAACAUCGCGGACAACGGGGGCCUCAAGGCGGCCUAUCGGGCUUACCAGAACUGGGUAAAGAAGAAUGGGGAGGAGCAGACCCUGCCCACGCUGGGUCUCACCAAUGACCAGCUCUUCUUCCUGGGGUUUGCACAGGUCUGGUGCUCUGUCCGCACACCCGAGAGCUCCCACGAAGGCCUCAUCACCGACCCCCACAGCCCCUCCCGCUUCAGGGUCAUCGGCUCCCUCUCCAAUUCCAAAGAGUUCUCAGAACACUUCCACUGCCCCCUUGGGUCGCCCAUGAACCCUCGUCACAAAUGUGAAGUCUGGUAAAGGGCAGAGCACAGAGAGCCAAGACGGAGGAGAGGAAGGGGCU